CAAAGUGACAGCAAGACGCAAAAAAUCGAAAGGUCGCAAUUUCGUAUAUAUUUUGGUAAAUUUCUUCACAAUUUAUCAUAUCUUUUGAUUAUAAAUACCCGUGAGCAAUACAUUGGUUAUUCUUCUUCAUUGUGUAAUAAUAGACUUUGUGCUAAGUAUUGUGGUUUACGAGAAAAUUUAAUAAGAGAAUUUUUGAUAAUAAAUCGUAGUUUUUCUGAAAGAAUUUUUAAAAGGCCAAAUUCGAUGAACGAUCCCAAACACCACAAGAACUUGGCCAACACGAAAAUCACAAAAAUGUCUGGGAAGGAUAAUGGAGCUCUUGAGCGUUUCUUCGGAGACAUCUCUAAGGGGUCAGCCACAAAGCAAAUUGUCAUCGGAGCUGCUUCCGGAUGGCUCACGGGAUUUGUGACUGUCCGUGUGGGCAGAUUGGUGGCAGUUGCAGUGGGUGGUAGUAUCAUCCUCCUGCAGAUAGCCAAUGAGCAGGGUUAUAUCAAAGUGAACUGGAAUAAAGUGAAUGCCAAAGUAGACAAAUUGGCGGACAAAGUUGAAGAGACAGUUACUGGAGAAGGACCCAGAUGGGUUGAUAAAGCUGAACGAUACCUCGAUCGCAAACUCGAUCAGGCUGAGGAUUUACUGAAGAAACAGCAGAAGAAGACCAAAAAAUGGUACUCAGCUCUGAUUGGUGACGAAAAUGGAUGCAGGUUGAAUGAUUUUCACAUCUUCCUCGGUGCCUUUGCGGCUGGAAUUGUACUUGGUGUUGGUACUGCUAAGUAGAUACAUCCAUCUGAACAACCCUUCAGCAUCAGAUCAUCACCCAAUCGAAAUACUCUCCCCCCAAAAAAAACAUAGUCUCAAUAAUUGAUUUUUAUUUAGAGGAAAACAUUUCGAAUGGUUGUUGUGGACUAAGUCAAAAGUUUUUUUUUUAAAUAGAAUUUCCAUGAAUCUCCAUAGAAUCUAGGAGAUAUUUUGCAAAAAGUAUUCGUAGUCAGAACUUUAGAUGAGGAAGAAUAAUGUGAAAAAAUGAAAACUCCAAAUGCAGAAAAUUUGUACAUGAUAAAAUUAUUUUAUCAAUUUGGUAUAGCACAAAAUGUUUUUUGCUUCUCAUUAUGGCUUAAGUUUUAAGACUUAUUAUAAUAUCAGUAAGAAUUCAAAAUUAUACGUGAAAAUAAAGAUACUUAAACUGA